AAAUUAUCAAACAUAAGAUGCUUAGCGGUGCUGCUACGCGCCCGCCCUACAUCCUACCUCUUCCGACUCGAUAAAGCAGGGGAGGGGAAGCAAAAAGCUCAGAUUUUCCGCUUUCUUGUGCUUAUUGAUGACAUUUCUUUGAUAUGGAUCAUCACCAAAGCGCACAGGGGAAAACCCAAUCUCAGGAGCUCUCAUUUUCAGAAAGAGGGAGCGGCAAUGGCAAUGGCGAUGGCAAUGGCAAUGGCAAUGGUGAAGGUGGUGGGCGUUGGGAGGGCACUUGGGUGAUGGGAAUUCCAGCCAAUCCUCAUACGCAGCCCCCCUUCUCGUCGGUUGGGGUUCCGCAACAAUCGCCCUCCCCCUCCCCCAACAAGUAUUAUUCUUAUGAUUCAGCGGCAUAUCUACCACAUUACAACAGCACCAGUGCCAAUUACAAUGUGGUAACCCCGCAACCCCAGGCCCCCAAUCCAUAUGUGCACACCUCUCCUGUUUCCGGAUCCUCUGGCAAGAGUCCCAUGGAUACGAUAAUGGGUUGCUUGAGUAAGUGGGGUAAGAAAGUUGAGGAGUCUUCCAAGAAGGCUGAAGGUUAUGCAGGAAAUGUGUGGCACCACUUGAAAACCGGUCCUAGUCUUACAGACGCUGCCAUGGCUAGAAUUAAUCAAGGGACAAAGGUAUUAGCUGAAGGUGGAGUCGAAAAGGUUUUCAGACAGACGUUUGAAACCUUGCCAGGAGAGCAGCUCCGAAAGUCAUUUGUUUGUUACUUUUCAACUUCAUCAGGACCUGUAAUUGGAACUUUAUAUCUGUCUACUGUGAGGCUUGCCUUCUGCAGUGAUAACCCUCUUUGUUACUGUCCAGCUCCUGGGCGACAGGAAUGGAUUUAUUACAAGGUGGUUGUUUUGCUUGACCAGCUAAUGGCAGUGACUCCCUCAGCAAACAGAUUGAACCCGGCAGAAAAGUAUAUUCAGGUAUUGACAAGAGAUGGGCACGAAUUCUGGUUCAUGGGUUUCGUAUCCUAUGAUAAAGCCCUCAAGAACCUAACGGAGGCUCUGUACCAUGCUAGCUCUUACUGCUCUGGAGGAAACUCCUCCUAGAGAUUGCACCUCGUUGCCCAUAACUUGUCUUACCUCUCUUCCAACAUCAAGGUUUUGAAAGGACAAAAAGAAAGGAAAGGAUAGAGAACGUUGAAUGCCAGAAAAAUUCUACUAAAUUGCUUUGAACUUGUAAUAUUGUUCCAUAAUGUAGUGGUUUUAACAGAUUCUGUACUCCAUGAAUUUAAUGUAUUCCUGGAUUUUUAUGA